GCAUUCACACCGCUCACACGGACGGAGUGGCAGACAGAGGGGAGAUCCUCUGUACGCUGGAUUCUUGAUGACUGUGUUUUGAAAUAAACAUUUUCUCCUCAGGAUGUUUAUUAUGGAUUAUUGAGACUGAGUCACAUGUUUCACCUCAAGACAUUGCAGCAACCUUGACGGACAGUAAACCAAGUGUUCAAUUCUGACAAACAUGGCUGCUGCUGCUUCACUGAUCACAGAGAACUUUAGGUUUGCAUCCCUGUUCUUCAAGAGUAAAGAUGUGGUGAUCUUCAACGGCCUCAUUGCUCUGGGAACUGUAGCCAGCCAAACUGCCUACAAUGUGUUUGCCUUUGAAUGUCCAUGCUCCCCUGGAAGGAACUACAUCUAUGGCCUGGCUGUCAUCGGUGUUCCAGCGCUGGCCUUUUUCCUCAUAGGAGUAACUGUGAACAGAAGCACCUGGGACCUGGUGUCCGAUUGUCGGCUCAGAAGCUGCUGCAGGGUGUCUGGAGCAGCAGCCUUCGCGCUGCUGGGAUCCAUCAUUGGUCGAGCUGUAGUGGCUCCGCUAACCUGGGUGGUCAUCUCCUUGCUGCAGGGCCAGGCAUACACAUGUGCCCUCAGUGAGUUUGUUGACCCCAGUACAUUGGUGGGGUUUUCCUCAGAUCAAGGAUCAGACGUUAUGGCCACAUUCCCUUGUCAAAGUAGCGUCCCGAAGGAGCUGCAAGUCUUCCAAGCGGAAAUUGAGCGGCGAAUGAAAUAUGAAUCUCAGCUGAUAGGCUGGCUGCUGGUGGCAGGGAUGUCUCUAACCGUAUUCCUGAUGCUGUGUGUUAAGCGCUGCUCCUCUCCAUUGGGCUACCAGCAGGAGAACUACUGGUCCCAGUACCGUGCUAGCGAAAACGCCCUUUUCCAGCGCACAGCAGCUGUCCACGCUCGCCUCCUGGCUGCAGAGAGUGUCAAGAGCUUCUUUGGCUUUGUGGCAAUGGAGAAGGAUGAGAGAGAGGGUCUGCCUGAAAGCCAGUCGACAGGUCCCAUCUGCAGCACCAACUGGAACAGAGUGACUGGUGUGUACCUCUACAGGGAGAAGGGGGGGCUGCCUCUGUACAGCAGACUGAAUAAAUGGGCCACAUACAACAAGGAGAACCAUCCAGAGGCCCUGGAUGAAGAAAUGGAGACGUUCACAUGAUGCUUCAGUAAUGAGGAAUUCAUGCAAUCACCCCCUUCAUGACUGCACUUUAUUGUUCUAUGGUCAAAUUGUAUGUUAGAGUAGAUACAGAUGACGCUGCUAUUCUAUCAGAAAAUGCUUUUUUUUGUAAAACAACCUCUUAGCGUGUCAUAUCCUACUGCUUAUAAAUAAAAACAAUACCAAUA